UUGUCUGGCUGCCAGCCUAAGGCAUGUGCCUACGCAGGAGGUGAUGACAUUUUGGCUCUACUUCCAAAGUUUUUUUUUCCCUUUCUCAUGUGUUAUUUCUAAAGAUAACAAAGGUCAAAAGGCAUCCAGCAUUUUCUGGUUUCUCAUAAGCUUCUGGUCAAUAUUUAAUCCAGUUUAUGGAUUAUUUUAGGUCUUCUAGAUGCCUUCUUGAGCCUGCUUGUGGACACCCACAGACACUGGUAAGGAGGAGAGAAGUCAGCCUAGCAGAGACACUCUGAAAUGAAGGAAUAGAGGCUGGGAUCCAAGGAGCAAGAGCUGCAGCCAAAAGACAAGAGAGUAGGCCCUGAAGACACUUCUAUUGAGAGGUCCGCCAUGGCCUCUCUUGGCCUCCAACUUAUAGGCUACAUUCUGGGCCUUCUAGGGAUGUUGGGCACCCUGGUUGCUAUGUUGCUCCCUAGCUGGCGAACAAGUUCUUAUGUCGGUGCCAGCAUUGUGACAGCAGUCGGCUUCUCCAAAGGACUCUGGAUGGAGUGUGCCACACACAGCACAGGCAUCACCCAGUGUGACAUCUACAGCACCCUCCUAGGCCUGCCCGCUGACAUCCAGGCUGCUCAGGCCAUGAUGGUGACGUCUAGUGCAAUCUCCUCUUUGGCAUGCAUUAUCUCUGUGGUGGGCAUGAGAUGCACAGUUUUCUGCCAGGACUCCCAAGCCAAGGACAGAGUGGCAGUCGUGGGCGGAGUUUUCUUCAUCCUUGGGGGCAUCCUAGGCUUCAUCCCUGUUGCCUGGAAUCUUCAUGGGAUCCUGCAAGACUUCUAUUCCCCACUGGUACCUGACAGCAUGAAAUUUGAGAUUGGAGAGGCUCUUUACUUGGGCAUCAUUUCCUCCUUGUUCUCUCUAGUAGCUGGAAUCAUCCUCUGCUUUUCCUGCUCACCCCAGGGAAAUCGCUCCAACUACUACGAUGCCUACCAGGCCCAGCCUCUUGCCACUAGGAGCUCUCCAAGGCCUGGUCAACCACCUAAAGUCAAGAAUGAGUUUAGCUCCUACAGCUUGACAGGGUAUGUGUGAAGAACCAGGGGCCAUCAUUGGAGGCGGGUGGCUGGGUCUGUGAAAACUGGUGGACAACCCCCAUGCCAGGGCCAACAGGUGAGGGACAUUGCCACUGAACCAUGUAAGAAGGUGCUGCUGAGGAUAGACUGACUUUGGCCACUGGAUCAAGAGAAGGCAGAAAUGGGAGCUGGUGUGACAGCAUCCAGGUUGAAUUGUCAAGAUGCUUGCCAAGCCAGCCUUUCUGUUUUUUUUUACCUUGGUCCCCCACCCCACACCCUGAGUCCCCCAACCCUCAACUCCAAACCCACCCUCUACUCUAGGCAAGACCAUUCAGGCUUCCCUCUGCCCUUUAGUUUACCUGGGGCUCCAUCCAUAAACCCACUAAUCACAUCUCACUGACUGACCCUUUCUAUGAUCAAAGACCCUCCCUCUGACUGAGGUUGGCUUGUAGUUCAUUACUGGGUGAUUGGGGAAGAAGGAGUGGAUCUAACCUCCUUCUCAAGCCUCCCUCCAAAGAAACGGAUUGGCUAGUAAUGUGCCCUGGAGCUUCCGUCCCACUCUUGUUAUGAUUCCACAGUGUCCAGACUGGUUCUUGCAUGAACUGAAAUAGAGCCAUUCCACUGUAUCAAGUGAACAGAGAGCAACUGAAUACAGGAUGAGAGGAAGGCAAGGUAGCUGAAGACCUAAAAAUACCAGAACCACUGCUCAGGGUAUUUCCCAGAAUUCUUUCACACUUGUGGGUUGAAUAUCUAGCCGAUGGCUAGAGGAAAGCACAAGAAAAGAAGGUAUGGCAGAAAGCUCCAGGCAGCAGCAGACUGACUUUGCUGAAGAACUGCCUCAGAAGCUGCAGCCCCAACUUUCACUGAAGCUCCUGCCUCCCUCUGGGGCACCUGACCUGGCUUCCUGCUAAACAACAAGGCUAAAGGCCCUCCACAAUUGUUUCCUUAAGAAUGGGAAACUAGUUUUUCUAGAGAAGGCCCUUGGCUGGGGGAUGACAGCAUGGAAGCUGUGGAGGACUGUGAAUGAUACCACUCCUUGAUGCUGCACAAGAAAAAAUAAGAACUUUUGUAUCUAAGAAGCUGAGUGGACAUGUGUGGUGGCUCUGGUAGGUGUUUCUAUUCGGCCAGAGAGAGGCAUUCUCCCCCUCCCCCGCCCCUGCCAGAGAAUCUUCAGGCCUAAUAGAAAAUCAGCCCAAAGGCUGAGAUCCAGCCCUGGGCGGGGGGCACCCACAGAGCAGUAAAGAGACACUGAAAGACUGUAACACCAGGUGGGCCUCCUGUCACCCUUCAUAUUCCCUCCACCAUCCUUCACCAGACAUUCCAGAGUUUCUAGAAGGCAUCCAAGGGUUUCAGGAUAGAAUAAUCGGGCCCAAAGUUCUAUGGCCCUGAUCUGAGUCAUAGCUGAGCUGCUGCCUGGGGUUUCAGAUGAGGUAGGAGAGUAGAGAAUGGUCCUCAAGCAGACAGUCCCAGUUCCAAGGUCUGAAAAUACUCCCCUGGGGUGGGAGUCAUAAACGAACCAAAGGCAUUUUCCUCACUAGCCUUAGCACGACCAGUUCUGACAAACUCCAGUAUACUCUCCCAAACCUCAGUGCCAGUGGAAAGGGUCCAUUCAUUGUCUCUAACACGCCUUGCACGUUUCUACUUUCUUGCCUAUGUUUAAGCUUUUCUCCCAAGCUGGAAGGCCCUCUCCCCUUUGCCAAGUCUUCCUCAUGCUUGAAGAACUUGCUCAGCACCACCUCCUUCACUGAGCCUCCUCUGACCACUCCAUCCCUCUCCUGCCCCUCCCUCAAUGUACAAAUCACUUCUUUAAUGCUUAUCAUUCAUAAUUUUGAUGCAUAGUUAUCUUUUCAUGUGUGUAUAUCUGAUUACACAAUGCAUUGUAAACUUUUGGAGGGUAGGGGCCAUAUCUUAGACCUCUAUGCAUCCUUCAGACUUACAGAUAAAAACUAUCUGUAAGAGUGCUGGGCACACAUAGAUGAUCAAUAAACACUUGUUGA